GCUGCCGCGCCGGGCCCGAGCGGCCUGAGGGGCGAGAGCCGCUCGCCUUUUGCUGGGAGAGAGCGCCAAUAUGAGCAAAACAAAAGCGAAGUAACUUUCCAGUGACUUUUUCUGCGGAAAAGAAGCAAGCAGCUGCCUGCUGUGUGUUUGUCAGAUAGGGAUGGAGCUGAGAAAGGGUCCUGGAGUUCAAACGCCUUCCCCGCUGCAGCGAGGUGGAGCACGGCACAGGAUGCAGCUUAUCACCGACACAACAGCUGUGUGUUCCAGGGGAUCGCUUCCCUCUCCCAUGCUGUUUGCUCGGCUCCCCGCCUCUCCCGUGCCCGCUGUGGGACAGGGAAUGGAUUUCAGACCCAUUAACAGCUUCCAGCCAGCUGAAAUCAGUGUCAUGGGGUUCAUCCUGCUGAUUCAGCAGCAGAGGGCAGUUCCUAUCUCAGGGGGAGGGAGAAUAAAAAAGAAAUAAAUCUCCUUUGCCUCAGGAGCCGUGAGUUGCACCUUUCAACCCUGUCUGGGUGAAAUGUGGACUUACAUUACAAAACUAUAUUGCUUCACUUGCAUAGCUAAAGCAGUGUAAUUUCUAAGCCAUUAACAUACUGUACAGAUAUAAAUGCAGUCCCUAAUAUUUACCAACCACUGAACUUUAGCUGGAAUAGACACUCCAUAGGGCUGUGGUCCACACCAGGAUUUGGUGGUUUGAAAGGCUGAGGGUGGGGGAAUAUUCAGGUACUCAGAUCAAAGCCAUUAAUAACUACUUUUGGGGUAGAGGGAAAAGGGGGUGUGCAAAGACCAUUUCUAAAGGUUUGCAAUCAAUCCACCACUGUUUUUUUAUUUCUGCUCCUCUCCAAUACUCUUUCUAAAUCUUUCCAAAAACAUUAUCCCAGGAUUAUUUAAACACCAGUGAAAUAGCCAAUAAUAUUUUGAUAUUAAAACUGCAGUAAAAGGCACAAUGUUCUCAAUGAACAUCCUCUUACUGCAUGACUUGACAAAAUUCCUGAAUUCUGUUUUUAACUUCUCCAGGAGAACAAAGAAUGAGUUUUACAUAAAUACUGUUUCUGUUUAAAAUCUGUCCCAGGAACCUGGUGGCCUCUGACUGUCCUGACUCACCUCCCUGCUGUGCCUGUGACUCUUGGUAGCAGGGGAAAGGGCUCUGUAUUUUUGGCACGGUGCUGAUAUCCUUCAGGGGACUGUUGGCUGAAGUGUCAGAAUUGUAAGGAGGAGAUUGCAGGAACAUGGAGGCGUGUCUGCAGUGAGAGGGAAAAUGAGCUGAAAAGUAAAGCAGAAGGCAAAAAAUGGUUUGUGGAUACUUUUCAACUCCAGGCACUCAGGAGGAGGCUGAGAAGGGAAGGAAAUAAGAAAAGCAGCAUAUCAUGAACUGAAGAAAGCGGUGACAUUUUACAGCAGCCGAAGAUCUCCUCCACAGUGUUUGUUGGUGACACGUGAGAGGUCCUGGAUGAAUCCACUGCUUCUACACAGCAAUACAUAGUCAUUGGAUAUUUCAGUACAAAGACGCGCUCCCAUAUCAGGAGCUGAGUCACGGAAACUUGAUGGCUUUGAUACACGAUGCUGGUGUUUUCGAUAAAGACAAACCUGUGCUGGGCUGCUGGUGGCAUUGCAAACACUCAAGAGCUCUGCUCAGACCGCACUUUGACUAGUUCCAGACGACUCUAGCAAGGAGGAUGGCGUGGGGCCCGCAAACAGCGGUUCUUCAGGGAAACCAACCUCCUGCUGGCGCUCGGGAGCCGCAGGAGGGAGCGCGCUGCCCUGCCCAGAUGCCCAGAGCCGCCCGCUCCCAGUCCGGACCCCGCUCCCAGCCCCGCUCCCAGUCCGGAUCCCGCUCCCAGCCCCGAUCCCAGUCCCGCUCCCGCUCCCAGCCCCGAUCCCGCUCCCAGUCCGGACCCCGCUCCCAGCCCCGCUCCCAGUCCGGACCCCGCUCCCAGCUCCGCUCCCAGUCCGGAUCCCGCUCCCAGUCCCGCUCCCGCUCCCAGUCCCGCUCCCGCUCCCAGCCCCGAUCCCGCUCCCAGUCCGGACCCCGCUCCCAGUCCGGAUCCCGCUCCCAGUCCGGAUCCCGCUCCCAGUCCCGCUCCCGCUCCCAGUCCCGCUCCCGCUCCCAGUCCCGCUCCCGCUCCCAGCCCCGAUCCCGCUCCCAGUCCGGACCCCGCUCCCAGCCCCGCUCCCAGUCCGGAUCCCGCUCCCAGUCCGGAUCCCGCUCCCAGUACCGAUCCCGCUCCCAGCCCCGCUCCCAGUCCGGAUCCCGCUCCCAGUCCCGAUCCUGCUCCCAGCCCCGCUCCCAGUCCGGAUCCCGCUCCCAGUCCGGAUCCCGCUCCCAGUCCCGAUCCCGCUCCCAGCCCCGCUCCCGCUGCCCGCCUCUGCCGCACCGGGAGAGGCCGUCCUGCCCUGCCCGCGGGGCUCGGGCCGUUCAGCAGCCCCGGAGUUCACGGGUGGCUUCUCUUCCUCAGAUAGGAGAUAGCAGCCUGGAAUGUCGUGUUCGUUUUUAUCUCCCUGCCACCACCCGCUGUUACUGGCACCAGCCCCUCAGGAUGUGACUGUCCCUUCUGGAUUUCAACAGGGUAAAGGGAAGGAGAUGGCAGGUCUCCUCUUUAGCCAUCCAGGUCCCGAGUAUUCCCAUUAAACAUCUUUUAAAAUGUAUGAAUCAGUGAAGUUUGUGGGGUUUUUGCAUGAAUUUCUGAGAACGCCUAUGAAAUCAGUAUCUUCCACCGACCUCACCUUCCCCAGCUACAACAGCUUUAGCAGCAGCAUGAGCUGGAUCCACAGCACGUUGCUCACUUUUCACUGUGCUUGCAUUGCAAGAGGCACUGGAAGCAGCCUGCUGCAUCGUCCACCUCUGCACCCGCUCAGCCCUGAGCUCCUGCUGUUGCCAUUACCAGUGACAGCUGUUGCCAAGGCAGUUUUAUGUACCCAUUGAGACAGGCACUGGCAGGCACCAUUUUCUGGUUUUUAACCAUGUCUGGUGAAAAAGGGGCUCCCUGUUGACUGCAAACUGGCAAAAGGUUUCUGGAAAGCUAGUUCAGCUACAAUACCAUCCAGUCCGUUCCAAGAGCUGAUCCAUGGCAUCGACACUGUAGAAACACUGAGGCAAAAUUGUUCAGAAAACUAUGGAUUUCUCAGUUGUCUGUACCAUAGUAUCAAAUGAAACUACUAGUGCUGUUAGAGGAACACACCAUUUCUAAAAGAGUACUAACUCUGCUCCUUCAUCCACUAGUCAGUCACAUACUACUGCAAAACAAAGCUUAUCCACUAUUAAGGUUUUAAAUUUUUUGGUUUUGGCCAAUAAAACUUUCCCUGCAAUAUUGUUGCCUUUUUUUUUUUUCUUU